AUGGCAACCAAGCGCGCCUGUCCCGAGGCCGCGACCGUGCUGAGCCUUCCGCAUGUCCUCACCUCGAUCGCCCAGUGCCUCCAGUCGCCGCGCGAUGCUCUCGCCUUUCUGUCGGCGCUGCCAUUGACGUCGCUGGACACAGCACUGGCAGCCACCAAGGAGCUAUUGACGCGACCUGGUCGGUUCGUCCACACAUGGCCUCACCUCGGCCUCGACGAAAUCGAUGGCGAGAACGCGGCGCUUGCUUUAUCAGCGCUGCCGGCUCUAGUCUCGUUGUGUGAACCUGCCGUUGGGCGCAUAGAUUGGUCGCCAUCGACAACCGUCGCAACAAGGACCUUCGCCGACUUUGUCUCGUCGUGGCCGCUCAAGAUGACGCACUUUGAGUCGAUAUGGUUUGACGACAUUGAUACCAACGACGUUUGCAGCUUGUUGCGUCGCUGCACGCGCCUACGAGCCAUCGACAUAUCUCGGGACGAAGAUAUCGUCGACCUGCUCGCCGCCGAGUUGACGCCAGCCCAUCAUGGAGAAGCUGUCUCUCUUUUACACCGCCAAAGCUACCAUGGACUGGACGUCGCUGCUGCGGCCAUGGCUGUCGAGUGGCCACGCGCGACAUCUCUCGUUCCAUACCGCCCGGACCACCGAUGUGGUGGGGUAGCCCGUGCUCUCGCCACCACGGCGUCGCUGACAAGCUUGGACAUCUGCAACAAUGACAAGUUGGUCCAAGCAUUUUUGACGCUGCAGUUGCCCUUGCACCAGCUCACGGAGGUGCGCCUCAAGACAGACAGGCCCGACCUCGUCCGUCGCUUCUUGCGACUAUGUGAUGUGGCCACGCUCACGUCGCUUGCGAUUCUAUGUGAUUGCGACCACGAAGACACGCUCGCGCUCGUACCACGCAUGCCAGCGCUUCGCCACCUCUCGUUGCGUUGGGGUGAACUCCGGUUCACCUUGACCGAUACGUCGCGAUGGCCGCACCUCGAGAGCCUCGAGCUCUGUGCAGCUCGCUUUGACGACGACGCAUGCGAUGCCGUGCUCGCGUACCUAAACCGCGUGCAAGGCCUCCACAAGAUCACGUUCAACCUCUGCCAUUGGAUUGCAACCCGUUUCAUCGACCUCAGUCGCACGCUCGUUCGCUUGAUCAACAACGGCCUCACGCUCGCAAGCGUCGCUGGGGCGAACCUUGACGACACCAGCGCUGCCAUCCUCGCGCUGACGCUGCGCCAAUGUCGCAACGUGGCGCCAGUCACGUUUGACCUCGGCGACAAUGACUUUACGAUGAACGGCGUUCGCAUGCUGCUCGAAGCCCUCGCUACAUGUUCGUACGUGUGCGUCCGCCUUGAGCUACCAGAGCCAUGGGACGAAGACGAAGUUCGACGAUUCCUUGCAACCCAUGAAAUGGCGUGCGACGUCGAUGAAGACGCGCUUUGGACGCUCUAUAGUCCUAGUACGCAUGCGACAUGAAUCAUAAC